CGACGCGAUUCCGAUUCACCACAAAUCGAUUCCCCGGUCUGCACGAGUCGAGUGAUGGUACAGUGUCCAGUGAUUGUACAGUGGCACAGUGAUUGUACAGUGCACAGUGAUUGUACAGCGGUACAGUGAUUGUACAGUGCACAGUGAUUGUACAGUGGUACAGUGAUUGUACAGUGAUACAGUGGGGUUCGCGCUCAUUGUGCGCACUGCGCUCGCCGUGCCAACCCACACGGCUCACCCCCCCCCCCCAUUCUUGUGCAGGGGAAUUGAGUUUGCGGCCCAUACGACGUACAGCCGUCUCCAUACGGGCAACGGCAAAAUCAACAUGGGUGUGCGUCCCCAUGUCAUAGUACAUUCAAGUUGAGUUUAGUUACAGCUCCUGCCGCCCCCCCACCCCUCACCCGGUCGCGAUGAGUGGCGGAGCCGCGGGGCCGUGCGCGGUGCGGAGCGCGUGGGGGGCCAUGCGGGGCCCCCCUCUGUCUGCCGCGCUGCGGGUGGUGCGGGAGGAGGAGGAGGGCAGAGCGGGGGGCCGGGGUCCUGGGGACGGGGUGGAGCUGGUGCGGCUGUGCAGGCCUUGUGGGGAGGAGCAGCAGCAGCAGCAGGGCAGCAGCAGUAGCAGCUGCACGGUGGAGCUGAGCUGCUCCGGCCACGAACUUUUGGUGGCGGCCGUGAGCCUGGAGAGCGAAGCGCGGACCGUGGAGCUGUAUGCCGAGGGGGAGUACGUGGGGAGCGCGCGGGGCCAGCCCCUGCCCGGAGGAGGACCUUAUCCUGACAAUGGUGAAGAGGUGAACCUGUACAAGACGCACAUCUGCCUCGAGUUUCCAUCGCCAUCCUGCGAGCUCAAGUUGAUGUCACUGGGUGACAAGGAGUAUGUGAGGAUCAGAACCCUGACCGUGUUGGUUCGUGAGCGAGGGGCCCUGGGUGGAGCGGUGAUGAUUCCCGGUGUGACGCCCACGGUGGACAUGGACAGGGUGUGCUCCAUGAUGGAGUCGAUGGGAGCAACGCUGUCUCCAGGCGCACAGAGCCUCAUGGGCCUGGUGCAGCAGCAUCAGCAGAAUCGGAAGGCUGCCGGCAGCACACUUCAGGGCAUGCUCAUGGCGGGAUUCUGCUCCCCUCUCGGCGGGGUGGACGUUGCUUCCAUGCUGAAGCUCGGCAUGGCCGCCGCCAACGCAGCGGGCGCAACACGGGGCCCGGCCCUCGGUGGCGCCCUCCCCAGCGAUGCGCUGAGUCGCUCUCUUCACGUGGCUCCGUCAGAAGAUUGCCGCGAGCCGCCGGCACCAGGAGACAGGAAUUCUCCGGCUCUUGCAGAAGGCGCCUCGGGAAGUACGAGGAGUGAUAAUGGCCCCGGCGCUAGCAACGGCACCCGGCCGUCGCCAAACGCCGCACAGGCACCAAGGAGCGACGCCAACGCGGCCUCGGCAUGCCAGGCCUUGGCGAGCCAUGCACAUCAGCAGAGCAGGAAGCGGUGCGUGGAGAAUGAGGAGGGAGAGCCGGCUGAUGCAGAAGCGACACCGAGAAGCCCUGGUCACUGGGAUGACCCGGAGCGGACACGGGGGGACUCGAGAGACGGCAGCUCAUUGGGGAAGUGGAGCGACGAAGCGAACGUAGGUGCCCGCCCGGUGUCGCAGCACAGGGAGGAUCGCCGUCAGCAAGGACCGCCACCGGCGCCGGGCGGUGGCGCUGGCAGUGCGGAGGACGCACGCUCUCUGGAGAGGCUGCUGCUGGCCCGAGUGGAGGAGUCGGAGAGGAGACUGAUGGGCUUCGUGGACCUGCGACUGCAGGCCCUGCAGGCCCACAUUGAUGCACAGUUCACGGCCGUUCGCCGGCUCAUCAUAGACAGCGUCGGUGCGCCCAAGGCAGCCGGAGAGACCCGGAGUGCGGGGUGGGACUCCGUUCCUAAUUAAACAUCUGUCACGGAUUGUGCCACGGAGCCAACACAGUCGUGACUCAGACUGACGGAUGUUUCUACGUAUUGUGUGCAUCCUAAAAAGUAUCAAAGCCAUCGAUUUGCUUUGUGUAUUCUUCCUCCCACGUGUCGACGGGUCACCGGUGAUCUUGACACGUUUUCCCUGCUCAGGUGGCCGCUUGUCUCCGGGGCGUCUGUGAGAGCCAGUCGAGGCUGCAGGCAUGACUCGGUGGAACAAAGUUGCCGUAUUUUGGGGAAUUAAGGUUUCUAGACCGGUGGACAAAAGCCCACCCCACGUCAUUCACUGUUGCCAAUGAGGCUAUUCUAGUAUAUUGAGUUCUCGCCUGGUUGAACAAAUAAACUUGAACUUCACCAAGGUAUGUCUCCAAGUGAAUAUAAAACCACAAAGCCCCUUGUACACUUCAGGAAAAAAGCGUUGCAGCGGUUCCAAGUGAGCAGAGUACCUCCGGAUAUUGUAAUUAUCAUGAAGCUUCAAAUGAAGAGGAUCCGACGGAUAUAUUACAAAGGUGAACUUGUCAGGUGUGUAACUUCUUGGCGAGACUGCAGUGCCUAUUUGUCAAAGUGCUUUGAGACGCGUAUCCGGGAAUCGGCGUUGCAGGCAGUUGUAUCGUUCUCCAGGUCGCCUGUCACUAUCUUGCUGGUGGGAUGGUCAGGGCGAUCUGCUGCUGCUCAAAUUGAGCCUUGAGGCAUUGGUGCUCAUCUCUCGUUUACAGCCCUGAGCCAGUGGUGGAAAUUCCACAUUCCAAUGGCAGGGUCGAGUCUUACC